GGACACAGGACGCAGCGUGUUCCAGCCGCGUGAUGGAGAGCGGCUCCCCGCACGCCCCUGCUCCCGUGCGCAGGAAGUGCUGGACACGGCGCCAGCAGGGAACAGGGAAGCGCGUCCCGGCGGGGGCCGCUCAUGCCGCACUAACAACUCGCCUUCCCCUGAAAGCCGCUGUGUCGCGUGUUGAUGGCGCUUCUUUUUACAGGUGCGAGCGCUCUCAGCCCCGGAGCGCCUGCGUGCUGCUCCACGGGCCGUUCCUAAGGAACAGUUUCUCCCUGGCGAGCGGCACCUCAAGCAACCAGUGACGGGCCCGGGCCUGCCCCGGCAGGAGCCAAUUGCCCGAAGCCGGGAGCGCGGGCGGGCCGGGGCCUGGCACGCAGCGAAGCCACGCCCCCUGCGUAAUAGCGUCGCUCGCCAUUGGGCAGUCGCGGUCACGCGGGGCGCGUGUGGCACUGGUCUCGCGAGAGCUUCUGGGCGUAUGUAAGAAGUGCGGGCGGAAGUGCGGCCUUUUCCCGCGGCGUCGAGACGUGGGCAGGAUGAAGCUCAACAUCUCUUUCCCGGCUACUGGCUGCCAAAAGCUCAUUGAAGUAGAUGAUGAGCGUAAGCUCAGGACAUUUUAUGAAAAAAGAAUGGCCACGGAGGUGCUGGCUGAUUCUCUUGGUGAGGAGUGGAAGGGAUAUGUUGUCCGGAUAAGCGGUGGCAACGACAAGCAAGGCUUCCCCAUGAAGCAGGGUGUCCUGACGCACGGACGUGUCCGCCUUCUGCUCAGCAAGGGCCAUUCCUGCUACCGCCCCCGGAGAACCGGCGAGAGAAAGCGCAAGUCUGUCCGCGGCUGCAUCGUUGAUGCCAACUUGAGUGUCCUGAACUUGGUCAUAGUGAAAAAGGGUGAAAAGGACAUUCCUGGGCUGACUGACACCACUGUGCCCCGUCGUCUUGGUCCCAAGAGAGCCAGCAGGAUCCGCAAGCUGUUCAACCUCUCUAAGGAAGAUGAUGUUCGCCAGUAUGUUGUGAGGAAGCCUCUCAACAAAGAGGGCAAGAAACCCAGAACAAAGGCUCCCAAGAUCCAGCGACUGGUGACUCCUAGAGUGCUGCAGCAUAAGCGCAGGCGUAUUGCCCUCAAGAAGCAGCGCACUCAGAAGAACAAGGAGGAAGCUGCAGAGUACGCGAAGCUGUUGGCCAAGAGGAUGAAGGAAGCCAAGGAGAAACGCCAGGAGCAGAUUGCCAAGAGGCGCCGGCUUUCUUCUUUGAGAGCUUCUACAUCCAAGUCUGAAUCAAGUCAGAAAUAAAGAUGUCAUACACGAUACUAAAAAGACAUUGUACAUUUAAUUACCAAUAAACUCCUUUGUUGGUGAACUUCCAGUA